UUUGUUACUGUUUAAUUUUACAGCUUUAUAACAUGUUUCCCCGGCUGUUCAGAUGGAUUAAAAACCAUCAGGUGGUGUUAAAAAAUGUUGAGACGACCAUCAGAGAUGUAACGUAUUUAAUUACGUACCUGAAAGAGACACUGGACCCUGACAUGUGCCAAGGGUUUGUGGACUGUUUUUUGAUUUGGAAGCAGAAAGAGGAAGAAUUUGGUAUUGACGAUUCUCACUACAGUGAGGAGAACUUGAUAUUCACAGUGAUUGACCUGUUUGUUGCUGGUACUGACACCACAGCAGCCACACUGAGAUGGGGUUUGCUGUUAAUGGCUAAAUAUCCACACAUACAGGAGCAGGUCCAUGAGGAGCUGAGACAUGUAGUAGGAAGCCGAAAAGUCAGCGUUGAUGAUAGGAAAAACCUGUCGUACACUGAUGCAGUCAUUCACGAGAUCCAGAGACUGGCUAAUAUUCUACCUGUAUGUCUUCCUCACCAAACUAGCCGAGAUGUCACCUUCCAGGGAUACUUUAUCAAAAAGGGAACUAUUGUAUUUCCCCUUCUUACUUCCGUCCUGUACGAUGAGAGUGAAUGGGAGAGCCCACACACUUUUAACCCCUCUCAUUUCCUGGAUAAGGAAGGUAAAUUUGUCAGGAGAGAUGCCUUCAUGCCCUUUUCUGCAGGUCGCAGGAUGUGUCUCGGAGAAGGUCUGGCUAAGAUGGAGCUCUUCCUCUUCUUCACCUCCCUCGUUCAGCGCUUUUGCUUCACUCCUCCACCUGGAAUUACAGAGGAUGAACUGGAUCUCACACUAGCUGUGGGAUUCACCACCCCUCCUUUAUCUCAUAUGCUGUGUGCUGUCAGUCGCCAGUGAGCGAGGGCUUAAGCAGGGCUUCUCCUAAGACCCGAACUCUUCCAUCGCAUGCAUUUUUAAUUUCUCUUUGAUAUUUGGGCAUAUUGGGACCCGAUGAAUGUAAAAACAAAGAAUUACCAGAUUUUGUUUUUACCUCAUU